AUGCUUGAGUUACCUACAAAUCAGCCAAAAACAAGGCAGAAAGCGGCAAAAAAUAAGACCGCCUGGGCGUUUGGUCGUCCGAAAUUGCCCCAUCGUCAAAUGAAACCAUUGAAAAACAAAAAAGACGCAACAAAUAAAGCUGAGUCUUCUGCAGUUGAAAAUGAAUGGUUACAACCUUUGACUGAAAUGACAUGGUCCAUUCUGGACUCCGUACGUCCUUCAUCACUUCUGAAUUCCUUAGGCACAUUUGAAACGGAUGCUGUUAUAGACCAUCAUCGGAUUCCGAUUGAAAAAGUCCCACCUAGCACACCACCAGAAUUUGUGAUUUCUCAUUUACAAGAUUCCGUCACGAAACGUGAUUCCAUUUUGAGUCAACACCAAGAACAAUGCACAGACUCACCAAUAAAUAAGAAUAAUCAGACCAUUCCUUUAGUUGAGACGUUGCGCUCAAUCCCAUAUGUACCCGAAAAAACAAAGGUAUUGGAUACCCAAUCCGAAUCGCCUACAAUUGCACGGGAAAACCUACUGAGUACGCAACUAUCUCUGGAACAAGAGACUUCAAUUGAUAAGAGUGACACAUUAUCAAGAAUGUCUUUUUUAGCUACGGACCAAGACGCAGGCAGGAUAAAAGCGUGUGAAGAAAUUAGCUUCUCAUUACAUGAGGAAUCUGAUAAGGAGGUAUUAUCGGAAGCGGUUGAAAAAAAUGACAUGCAGUACAAUUUGACUUUAAAGAAACAAACGUCCGUUAAUGAGACAGCGUCGACUGAUGCGUGCCAAGUCACCAGUUUUUUAAAAAAUGACACAAGUAAGAUACCUAUCACCAAAGCAUUAUGUUCCAAUGACUCAAAAGAUCUGAUAACGAAAAAAUUCAUCGGAACAAAAGAAAACGUUAGCGUUACCAGCACAAACAGCUCGGAUGUACCUGAAGACACUGUCACGGAUAAACAUGUUGCAACUCCAAACGUAAAUGACUCAAAUCAUGUAAAAAACAUACCUCCUGCCCAUACUAGUCUCCGGAACACACCUGACAAAAUUUUUGAAAAGGAGUAUUUUUUUUUUAAAAAAGUACUGAUUCCUAGUCAGGUAACUUCUGUAAAUGGUUGUAAACAUGUCGCUCAAGAUUGGAGGGAUGUUGGUGAAAAACAAAAUGAUCAGAUACUUGUUCUUUUUGAGAACAGUGAUCGACAGUCUCAUGAGCGUCCAACAGACGUUGGGAAACAUUGUUCAAAGAGUCUUUCGGGUCGAGAUAGUAAGAACAUUCAAGUUGGAAAAAAUAUAUCGGUUGCUCCUCGAGGAUUACCUUCUUUGAUUUUCUCAAAAAAUUCAGCGACUUCAGAUAAAGGGGUACCCGAAAUUUCACAGACUUUAAUAAAUGACAAAGCAAUCUUUAAUUUUUUAAAAUUGGACAAUAAGGUAAAAAAUCGUCCAGAGUUGCCUUACACAAAAAAUCUUGAUCCAUUACCAAGCACGGUGAAGAAAGCUUUAAAAGAAAAUUUCCCGAUAAGUAGAAAACAAAGGUCUCCUUUGCCAAACGAGGCUCUUCAUAGAAGACGCUCCGUUGCUCUUGUGCCAAAAAAUCAGAGUUCUAAAACUGGUUUUAGUCUUAAUAUAAAACAAGCAAAUACAUUUCUCACAGGAAGAAAAAGUCCACCAAGUAACGCAAAAAGUCAACAUUUCCCUCUAACGAAAAAAUUUCAUUUUUUGCAACUAGAAAAUUUGUCGACAAACAAUUCAACAUUGCAGAAACAGAAGUUAUUGGUUCUCUCAAAAAACAACGUCUUUCCUCCACCUUUAAAAAAACCAGUAUCAGUUUGUUUUGAAAAAACUCUUGAAAAACAUCUUUUAGACAAAAAAUCGAAUCACGUGAUACAUAUGUCGACGAAAGAGGUACUAGAUCCACGAUCAAAGGGUACAGAGGUCCAAAGUAACCCUAGUAGUCUUGAUAAAAUAGCUCAUUUAAUAGUUGAACCUCAAGAACAAAGUAGGCAAGCUAAGAAACAGGAAAAAGAUAUGAGGCCGGAAUUCGCAAGCCUUAAUAAUGAAACUGUGAUUGCUGUAGUUAAAAAACCUCUCAGACAAGACACACUUAUGAGUCAAGUAGAACAACCGAAGGAAGAGUCCAAUUCUUUUGCAUCAGCUGCCACACGUAAGGCUGUCGUCCUCACAAAAAUAAAUGACGACGUGACAUUUGAUUCACAAACUGAGGCAUCACAAGAUGAGACAGAUGUCGUGGCUCCUCCAACUUUAAAUAGAGUAGAUAUUGGAACGACUCUCACCCAUGUGAAACAUACAAAUGAAUACAGCAUUCCAGAAAAGUCACCACUUAAGAAGGAAGACGAUUUUGUCCGAAAAGUUGAAAAAAGUGCGGGAAACGACAUUGGUGCUUGUAUUCUUCCAGUAUUACAAGUUGAGUGUAAAAGUUUUAAUAGGGCGCAUCAUCAAGGUGAAAAUGCUGACCCCAUGUUGCUUGCUGCAUCCCGAACUGUUUCGGAAUAUGGUAAGCACGCCCAUCUACCUUUGGCUGAAAGAUUUCCUAGUGACGCGUUCAUUGAAAUCAACAAGGUAAAAGGUUCAUUGGUUGAAGAGAAAAGAAGGGAGCUUUUAGAAAAUGCAGGAGCAUUGAUUGGUAGUGUAGGUCAAGCAAGAGGGUUUUGUACAACCUUAUAUAAAGAGCACGAGUCCCCCCAAAACGAGAUGAGAGAUGAUGCACAUGUUGCCAACAAGGACAGUAUCGACACUUUAAGCGACUCUUGUAAAAUGAAAAAGAACAAUCUAAGUAAAUCUUUUGAACAAAACACAACGGAGCCUACACGUUUACCAUUAAAGAAAGAGAAGACAACAGAAACGAGUGGAAUACCUACUGCUAAUCAAGAUGAGAAAAUGAGCAAACGUCAAAACCUGUCUUCGCACUUAUCAAUAAAACAAGAUAUUAAAGAUAAAGUACCUGAGUGUCAAGCGUCUAAGGGUUCCCUGAAAACCCAUACUUCCGAAUCGUUUCAUGAUCUAAAAAUGUUUCAUUCAGCACCUAACAUUUUACCGAUUCAAACAGCGAAGGCACCCUUAACAGAUUCAGCUGGUCGUCCGAAGCAAGAUGUCUUGCUUGCAAAAACAUUCAAACCUCACGCCCUUAUGAAGACAAUAGGUUCCAAGAAGGGUAGCAUCAAAUCAGUUGAAUGGAGUGAAAGAAAUGGUAUCACAUUAUUUCAGCGUGUAGAAAAAACUAAUAUCCAUGCGAAAUCGUGUUCCGAAAACAUGUUCAAAAAUAUAAUGAUGUGCAACCCGAAAGAAUCAAAGUUGAGUUUGGAAGCUGCCAACGCUUCUAAAAGCAUUAAAAAAGAAAGUCAUCAUAGAAUAGGUAAGGAGGUACACCCUACUCUAGCAAAUCAAACGGUGCCUCAAAAAGAGAAACAAAACAUAAACCUUUCAAAAAUUUUGAAGGAAGAAACGAUUGAUUCGAAUCCAGUGUUAUUGUUUGCUAAAAGUAAAGGAACGCAAGACAAAGUUCGGAACACAUCAAUGGAAUUAAAAGAGGGAAAAAUAAAGGAUUUUAAUGAUGAAAAAGUGUAUAACCUAAAUAAAAAGGCUUAUUAUGAACACAGUUUACGAGACGUACCAGUCAAAUUUUUAAAUGGAUUGAAUGAAAAUCAUUUAAGUGCAUUGGAAAAUGAAAAAAGUUGUGAACGCCAGGACCAGAUGUCGCGUGAUAUAAACUACUCAGAUACGUUCCAAAAAGCGUCUCAAUUGAAGGGGAGUGUCAAGGCACAUGCUUACUAUAAAACUGAGCUUCGUAGAUGCCCUUUACGUGAAAUAGUGAUUCACAAACCAAUUUUUGAAAAAGAAGACGGCAAAAAGUGUAAGAAGUUAAUUCAGGAACCGGCGACAAUUACUGAAAAAGGGCGAAAACAAGAUACAAACAUUGAUUUGAAGCAAUGCAUCAAGAAAAAAAUGGAGCAAUGCUUACUCGAUGAGAGAAAGUUUGAUAACGAAUAUAAAAAGUUGGUUUCUCUUUUGGAAACCGCCAGGAAUUCGGCACAACUUCACGGGAAGGAAAGAAAUAGUACUGUACCGGUUCAUGCAGCUUUAGACUGGAUCGCAUUAGCCCGAUUCUCUUUUUUUUCUACGGAGCGUGUCAAACUUUUACCACGGGAACUAUUAUGGAUAAUUGUGUGCAUCAAAAAAUACGGCCCAUCGACACGAUGGAGCAGUUAUCAAAAGUGUGUUAGUAGAAAAUUUUAUCAAAGACUACAGUUGAACUCAAAACAACAAGACCACCUUCAUAAAUUAGUCACGGACAAUUUAGAAAAUGAAACGUCAGAAACACACUGACUUUCCUUUGAACAUACGAGCAACCAAUGUUUUACCUUGUUCAACCGCCCUUGAUCGUUUUGAAUUUCAAUGACAUCAUCAUUUAUAAUGUCUG